GACUCGGACAGAAUUGUGGGAUGCUGAAGAGCCCAUCCGGUUUUUCUGGUGUGGUGCAAUUCACUUUGUCAUAUUUUCCUUCUUUACUAGUCAAGUAAAAUGCCGAGAGGUGGAAGCAGAGGGAAGAAAUUUUCCCAUAAGGGACAGAGACGACAUUUCACAGAUGCAGAAGAUUUAAAGGCACAGCGUGAAGAAGAUGAGAAGAGGAAGCACUGGAGGAGAAAUCAGGGUCUUCCUAGUGAUGAGGAGUCAGAAGAGGAGGAAGAAACAGGGGCCAGUGAAACCAAGGCAACAAAUAAAAAAGAACAUGGAGCACCAGGUGAACUGCCUCCAUCUUCCAGUGAGGAGAGCGAUAGUGAUGACGACGAAAAUAAAAAGGCAAAGGGUAUUUCCUACCUCAUCCAAGGAGAAAUACAUAAUCCAAACAUUGGAGGAAAAAGAAAUAAAAAAGUUACAGACUUGAAUAUGGAUGAUGCUCCUAAGACAACAUUAUCCAGGAGAGAAAAGGAGGAACUAGAAAAGCAGAGAGCAAGAUUACAUUAUCAAAAACUUCACAAGGAGGGAAAAACCGAUGAAGCAAAAGCAGAUUUAGCCAGGUUAGCAAUCAUCAAAAAGCAAAGAGAAGAGGCAGCAAGAAAAAGAGAGGAAGAACAGAAAGCAAAGGAAGCUGCAGCCCAGAAGACAUGAUGCUGGAUAACAUUGUGACUCUUUAUAACAGCCGUUUGUACUGCUCAUAGUUACGAAUUUCUCAACUUCAACAUGUCAUAUAAUACAAAAAAUGCAUGAAACGCGUGAAAAAUAAUACCUGUGAGAAGAUGAAAAGCAAAGUGAUGAAAAAUGGGAAAUAAAAUACCUGGAACAAGAAAAAUGGUAAAUAGUGGGAGUUUCUUAGCACUUCUGAAUUUCCCAUUGGGACAAUGGUGUUCAUGUGUAAAACGCGGUGCUGGAGGAAAGUAUCCAAGAAGUGUAUUCUAAACCAUUUAGAAUAAUUAGAGGUCGUUGGAGGCAUAUUUCAUUGUAGUUUAUUCUUCAUAUAAGACCAUUUUUCUGCUGUCAUGUAUUUAUAUUCAUGUGCUGCUUUAAGAUUGUGUAAAAGAAAUUUUUUGGGCGGAGGAAAAUAAAAGGAUUUGGUCUUGCAAAAUUUCUUUUUUCUGUGGAUUGCUUCCAGUUUAAAAUUGCUGUUGUGUAUUUAAAUAGCUUGAACAUUGUGGAAGUCUUGUUUUAAAAAUAAGGCAGAUAUUCAGACUUCUUGUUUGAAGAUGUUGAGAUAUUCUCUUUAAAUUUGUACCAAGUAGAAUUCACAUUGUAAUAUCACUUGCUCAUAUAGACAGUAUAAGGAUAAUCCGUGUAUUUAUAAUACAUUAAUCACGUUUAAUUGCAACUUUUCAUUCUCCAACAUUAGCAAUAGAUGUGUUAUUUACCUACUUGCGACAUAUGUUUAGGAGCAUGGCAUGAAUUUAUCAGUCAAAUGUAUCAAGACUGGGUCAGAAAAUAUUUGUAGAAAUGUUCUGCAUUUAACCAGACCAGACCAGAUCAGAGACAUAUUUAAAAUAGGAGUUAUAGUAGUCGUGAUAAUGGGACUUUAAAUUAUCUGCAUGUGGCUAAUUUUCUUUCUGUUUACCUGGCUCUGUUCUAUAUUUUAGGACAAAUAUUGUCAAAUAAAAAAAUGUCAUUUUAA